CAAAAUUUUGUAGAUUCGUGACUUACAUAAUUUUGUCCAAUUUUCCCCCUAAAAUUGUAUAACAUAUUUUUUAGUUUUUUUUUUCCUAUAUAUAUAACCACACACAAUUAUAAAUGAGGAAGCAAGAGACCAAGAGUUUGAUUUGUAGCGUGAGAUAGUAAUAAGACAGUGAAGGGAGUGAGGUUGGUUGUUUUCGAAUCUCCAUGGAAGAGAAAGCAGCAAGAACAAUUGAAGGUCAACCCAUAAGAUGUAAAGCGGCGGUUGGAAGAGAACCAGGGGAGCCAUUGAUUAUUGAAGAGAUUAUUGUGGCGCCUCCAAUGGCACGUGAAGCAAGGAUUAAAGUUAUAUGCUCUUCUCUUUGUUACAGCGAUGUCACUUUUUGGAAGAUGAAGGACCCCCCUGCAAUUUGGCCAAGAAUUUUCGGUCAUGAGGCAAUUGGGAUUGUGGAGAGUGUAGGAGAGGAUGUGACUGAAGUUACCAAAGGAGACAUGGUUGUUCCAAUUUUCUUGCCAGAUUGUGGAGAGUGUGUGGAUUGCAAAUCAGAAAAGAGCAACCUGUGUUCAAAAUUCCCCUUCAAAGUAUCUCCAUGGAUGCCAAGAUAUGAUAGUAGCAGAUUCACUGAUCUCAAUGGACACAUCAUACACCAUUUCCUUUUUGUUUCAAGUUUUACUGAGUACACUGUCGUUGACAUUGCCAAUCUAACCAAGAUUCAUCCACUUGUUCCUCCAAACAAGGCAUGCCUCCUCAGUUGCGGCGUAUCGACCGGGGUAGGAGCUGCUUGGAAAGCAGCAAAAGUGGAACCAGGAUCAAGUGUAGCUAUUUUUGGACUAGGAAGCAUUGGAUUAGCAGUUGCUGAAGGAGCUAGACUUUGUGGAGCAACUAAGAUUAUAGGUGUAGAUGUCAACCCAGAUAAGUUUGAAAUUGGAAAAAAGUUUGGAGUCACUGACUUUAUUCAAGCUGGAGGAGACAAAUCUGUGAGCCAGGUUAUUAAAGAGAUGACUAGUGGAGGUGCAGACUAUUGCUUUGAAUGUGUUGGAAGGGCAUCAUUGGUCCUUGAAGCAUAUGCUUCUUGUAGAAAGGGUUGGGGUAAAACAGUUGUUUUAGGAGUGGACAAGCCAGGAUCUUGUUUGAGCCUGAACUCUAGUGAAGUCCUUUGUGAUGGGAAGAGUCUCAUUGGAGCCUUGUUUGGAGGACUCAAACCCAAAUCUCAUGUCCCUAUUCUCCUUAAGCGCUACAUGGACAAGGAGCCGGAUUGGGUGCUUUUUUUGAGGGGCCUCGUUUUCCUUUCGAGAUAAUUGUCAGCGGCCGAGUGGGGUAUUCACUCAGAAGAAUAAGGAACUGAAUUUGGAUGAGUUUAUAACACAUGAAGUGGACUUUAAGGACAUCAAUAAAGCUUUCGAUUUGCUGCUUAAAGGGGAGUGUCUCCGAUGUGUGAUUUGGAUGGAUAAAUAAUUACUUCAUUCUUUUAUGCACUUAUUAGCUUUCUUGCUUUCAUUUUCUGUUGAUAGGGGAAAAAAUACAUAUCCAACUUUGUAACUUGUUCAAUAAUAAAAUAACCCAUGCAUUGAUAAA